AUGUAUUCCGGCAGCGAUUCCAACGAAUCCCAAAAAUUCCCUCAGUGGGCUCUGAACCCAGCCACUUACCAAAACCUCUCUAACGAGCAAGUAGACUGGGCCGCUUUAGCCCAGCAAUGGAUAAUAAUGAAAGAAUCCGGCCCUCCGCCUAUUCCAGGCGAACAGCCCGUCAUCAUCAAGAAACCUCCUGAAAAAAUCUCGCCAGUUGAAGCGCUUGUUGAGGGGACUUGUCCUCCAGCUCCAAUCUGGAAUAUCAGCGAGCCUCCGCCGGCUCCUGGAUCCGAAACGUGGGGUAACUAUUCUCAGAACCCGAAUUGGAAUUGGAACAACACUUGGGUGCAGCCUACCGUAGUGCCACCUCCUAGUAUCAAUGUUGUUAAGCCUGCACUUUUGCCCACACCUUCAAACAGUUUCAGUGCCCCUCCUGAAAGCAACAGUGACAAUGCUGUGCCCUUUGGCAGUUAUAACACAUCAUCCACAAAUGAAGGUAAUCAUUCAAGUUAUUGGACAAGUUCUAGUGGUCAGAAGCACAUUAAGCCUCAUAACAAGAGGUAUAGUAAAGUGAAUGUGCCAAUUAGGGCUACUGCACCUUUACCACCAGUGGUGGCAGAUCCUGAACCAAUAGUAGUAGCUCCCAUGCCAUCCCUGGAUGCCAAUAAGAGAAAACAGUUACCAGCAUGGAUCAGAGAAGGUUUGGAGAAAAUGGAGAAAGAUAAGUUGAGGCAAAUGGAGAAGGAGAAACAAAAUCAAGAGAGGGAAGAAAAUAUUGAAAAAAAUAAACAGUCUGAUAAGGAAACCAUGGAGAUUCUGAAAAGCACUAUGAAAGAAAGGAUUAAGAGUAGAUUCGAUAGUGAUGAGGAAAGUUCAGUGGAGGAGAGUAAACCCCAGAGAAGACAGUCCAGUCCUGAACCUAUACCUCUCACCCAAGACGAGUUGAUGUUGAAAGUGCGUCGGACAAUGACAGAAAUCCUGUUGAGCGUGACAAAUCGACACAUCGAAGCAGUGUGUCGGGAAGAACUGCAGCGUUUCGCUAAAAAACGCAAAGCUUCAGAUCAACGUUGGUCAGCACCGAGCGGUGCCAACAUUAGCAGCAGACUCGGUUUGGGGAUGUAUGCUGACGACUCAGCUAGUGGCACAGAAGAAGAUGAACCAGAAGAUGUUGACCAACAUGAUUCACUUGACUCUGAUGAUGAUUUAAAGGACACAAUAAAACGAAGGAUGUCCGAGUUCCAGAAAACAGAGCGGGCGAUAGAAGACCGGCUGGACGAGGUGGAGAGGAGGAGGACAGAGGGCGCCACCAGGUCCCCGUCGCCGGAAUCGGACGACAAUGACUCACAGGUAGACGCAAGAAGUCAAGGCGCUGACCGGCAACAAGAUGACAGCCUAGACAUUCCGCUGCCCGAAAGCGAUACGCCCAAAAAGAAGGCGGGAUCUCCGUCGGCCUCGUCCAAUCAGAAGGCGCGAUCUCCGUCGGUGUCUUCCAAGCAGAAGGCGCGAUCUGCGUCGGCGUCGUCCGAGGCGAGCGAACGGGGCGAAGCGAGGUCGCGCCGGUCUUCGUCCUCCGAGGAUGCGUACAGGAAGGGGAAGAACAAGGGGCGGUCGAGGAGGUCGAACAGCUCGGAGAAGCGAUUGAGGUCGCGCUCGCCUUCUCCACCGAAACGCAGAGACUCCAAACGCGACUCUAACGGCUCCAGACGGCGCGACUCGACCGGCUCCAAGAAGAAGUCCUCCUCGCGUCGCUCCAGAUCCCGCUCCUCCUCCUACAAGAAAUCCAGGCGGUCCAGAGACCGAUCGAGGUCCAGGAACCGGUCCAGACGGUCGAAGUCUUCGCGCAGUCGGUCGCGCAGCCGCUACUCAAAGAGAUCGCCUUCGAGCAGCCGGUACUCGAAGAGGUCCCCGAGUAGCAGCAGGUCGGAGAGGAGGAGUAGGGGGGACAGGAGGAGUAGGGGAGAGAGGAGGAAGAGGUCGAGGAGCGCGAGCAGCGGCAGGGGUAAGAGGUCGCACAGGCGUUGA